CCAUAUGUAGAAUUUCGUUAACUUUGUUAACGGAGUUACCGUAGGUAGACGAAAAUGAAAUAGUUUUGAAAGUUAAUAGAUGACUAUGAAAGAAAGUAAAACAAAAUCCCAAAACGGCGAAAUCCGAAAGACAGCGACGGUGAUUGGGAGACAUGAAUCAAGAAAAGUGGGCCGAUCUUCCGAAAGACAUACUAUCUCUAAUCGCUGCAAAAUUUCAAACUCAUAUCGACAUCCUCCGAGUGCGCUCCGUCUGCUCUUCAUGGCGCUCCUCCAUCCCUCCGUUUUGCCCAUCCCCUCAUUCCCCCGUCAAUCUCCCUUCCCGCUGGAUCCGCUCCCCAAAACACAACACCCAAAUCCGCAAAGGUACGCACAAUGGUGAGUACAUUCUGUCUUACAGCACAAUCUAUCGCCUCGAUCCACCGGCUUCUAACUGUAAUAAUCGGAAGAACAACGGCAGCUGGUUGCUCAGAAUCGAAGCGUCAAGUACCGGGCGCAGUCGGCUUCAAAAUCCACUGUUAAAGGGCUCCGUCCGCGCAAAGGCUUAUGGGUUUCCCAAAGUUUUGAACUUUCUGGAUUUUCGUGUCUCAGAGUUGUGCAAGGUAUAUCAUGUUUCGCCUAAUCCGGGUUUUCAUUAUUUGUCCAAGGUUAUUGAUGUUCAUAGAGUGGCUUUGUCAUCGAGACCCAAGUCGUCCAGUGAUGAUUUUUUGCUCCUGGCAAUCUAUGGUCAAGGUCAUUUGUGUUCUAUUCUGUUAGGGGAUGAUGAAUGGACUAUAUUUAAAGAUUACUCUCACAUAAUCUUUCAUGAUGUUAUCAAUUUCUGUGGGAAAUUCUAUGCCGUGGAUAAAUUAUGCAGGCUUUUGGUAUUCGAGGAACUCUCAUUGCAGUUGAUUGAGAUUUUUGGACCUGCCAUGGGUGGAGAUGAAAUUGGUGGUGAUUUUCGCCUGGUUAAGUCAUCCGAUGACCUUGACCUUUUCUUGGUUUACCGUAAGUUGCUUCCCCAAAAUACGACUGAUUUGAGAUUCUUUAAGCUGAACCAAGAGCUGCAUGAUCUGGAGGAGGUUAACAGUGUAGGCAAUCAAGUGUUAUUUCUUGGAGACCAUUUCUCAUUUUCUGUUUCGACUCUAGAAUGUACUGGGUUAGAACCUGAUUGCCUUUAUUUUGCUCAUCAUUCUGGUCAAUUCUGUUCCAAUAUUGAGGGAGAUGGUGUUAGGGGAAAUCUAAGCAAGAUUGGUGUAUAUAAGCUAGGGGAAGAGAUGGUGGGAUCGCUGGCAUCUCAUCCUAGGUAUUCUAAGAUAUUCUGGCCACCACCAGCUUGGCUGCAACCAGGUCCAUCUCGAUCUCCAUCUACUUCAGGUGUAGUGAGUGAUGAGAUGGGAAAGAAGAAGAAGAUAAAAGUAAAUCCCCAAUUGUAGGUUGCUUUUGAGAUGCUACAAGCCUACCCAUAUAGAAGGUAUAACGAUGAAGUGUUUAGAUUCAGUCAAACUAUCCAUGCUUGAAGUAAAUAUGUGAAAUAAUAACCUCCUACUCCAUUUGCUCUUUGUUUGUGCUUAUUUGCCUCCUUGUAUGAGAUAGCUAGGCAGUUCUUUACCUUUGUUGUCGUUGUUGUAUGGCUCGUUUAGUUCAAUGAAAAAAAUUUCCAUUU